AUGGAGCUGAGGUUAGUAUAUGUGCUGCCGAAGCGAGCACAUGGAGCUGAGUUCCAACUUUCUUCCGGGCCUGAGAGAUUUUUCGUGGGGAGGGUCACAGUGUUAGAGAAAAAGCAGCUUGUAGGCUUGGGUCUCUUGGAGGAGGAUGAGGAGUUCAAGGAGUUCCCUGCGGAAGAGUGGGCUGGUUUAGGUGAAGACGAAGAUCCAGAUGCACAUGUCUCGGAGGAUAAUUGGGAUGAUGACAGUGUAGAGGAUGACUUCUCCAAUCAGUUACAACCUGAACUAGACAAACAUGGUUAUAAGAUGGAGACCUUGUAGCAUCCAGAAGUGUUGAAGCAACCUAAACUUGAACUGUCUACUAAUUCUAGGACACAGAACCCAGGAUGGAACACUUACAAAAAUAUGUUUAUUUCAUUACCUGCUUGGAUUUUUGUGUGUGUUUGUAUCACAUCUUAAAAAAAAAAAGGAGAAAAAUAUUCUGGGGGAAUUUUGAAAAUAACUUUUAUUACUUGCCACAUUGAUACUGGUUUGAUAAUUAUGCUUGUUUUUUGUAAAGAUUCACUAAUGAGCUAAGGUGUGUCUGCAUUGGUACCUUUAUGCCUUCGUUCACUUAACAGAUAUUUGAGUGUCUGCAAUGAGCCAGGCACUGUUCUAAGUGUUGGUGAUACAGUGAUAAAUUAACACCAAGUCCCUGUGCUGAGUGACAUUUUAUCGUUGUUUUGAAUUAAGUUAAUUAUAGACUCUUCAUACUAGUGUGUAAUCAACGGGCCUGACCCUAAAGUUGGGAAAUAGUUGUCAAGUAGUACAAUCUGAUGGCUACUCAAAGACUCAUUUACUCUGAAAUAUUUUAUGCCUGGCAUUGUAACACUGAGUUAUAACACUGUUACCCGUCUACUCCUGAUAAGUAAGCAUAUGUUCCAUUUUUUAUCUCAGUCUCAGGAAACAAAGCUGGGAGAAAAUAAAUGGGACCUACGAUUGAUAUGUUGGACUAGCAGCUAUUGUUUAUUGAGUUGUUGCUGUUGCUGUGUGUUAGAGAGAUACUAUGUCAAGCAAGUACUUUAUGUACAUUGUCUCAGCUAAUCACUAUGUUACUUUAGUGCUCUUGGUAUUAUGACCCAUAAUUUAUAGACUGGGAAACUGAGGCACAGAGAUGUUAAAUUUACUCAGGCUCACAGUCAGUACUUGGUGGAAAUGGAGUUUGGAGAUACUUAGCAUGCAGUAGGUAAGAGUAGAAAGAGUGCUGAUAUAUACACAGAUUUGUGAUGUUCUACCACAGUGUGAUAGCAUACCAUGUAAGUGGAAGGCCUCGGUGAGUGAGGAGGGAUGGGGAGUCAGGAGAGCUUGUUGUGGGGAGGGAGUGGACAGGGAGGAUUAUUGCUUGUCUAACUGCUUGGCCCUUAGGCUUAAUCCUUUUUGUGACAGUCCUGAGGCUCCAGAGUUGCAUUUAGGUACAAGUACUAGCUUGUCCAGUGUAUAGGUAAGAGGGACUGGCAGACCAGAGGUGAUCCUGGUUUUACCUGUCAUUGCUUUGGCCAGAUUACUUAGUUUCUCUGGGUUUCAGUUUUCUUAUCUGUAAAAUGGGGGCAAUAUUACCUACGUGGUGUGGUUCUUGUGAGAACCAAAUUAGAUAAUAAUACAUGUGAAACAUAUCUCACAGUUGUAUAUAAUUAGUGUGCAUUAUUAUUGUGACUGUGCUUUAAAAAUUUUUUUGUUUGGCAAUAUUUUUUUUUAACGUUUAUUCAUUUUUGAGAGACAGAGAGUGAGCAGGGGUGGGGUAGAGAGAGAUGGAGACACAGCAUCUGAAGCAGGCUCCAGGCUCCAGGCUGUCAGCACAGAGCCCGACGCGGGGCUCGAACCCAUGAACUGCAAGAUCAUCACCUGAGCCCAAGUAAGAUGCUUAACUGACUGAACCACCCAGGCGCCCCUGUUUGAUAAUAUUUAAUGUGAAAUAUUCAGUCAAAGAGAAAAAAAUGUAUUGGAGAUUUGGGUGGAAUCUUGAAGUUGGCCAGUUUUAAGAAGUUCUGAAAUUUAGGUGUGCAUCAGAAUUACCUGGGAACUGGUAGAAACACUUGUCAGGAAGGUGUGGGUGGAACCUGGGCUUAGCAUUUUGACAUAUUUCUUCAUUGAAUUUACUUGUACACCAAAAUUUGAGAACCACUGGUUUAAAACUUUUCUUCAUCUUGUGCUUAGGGAGGGCUUUAACAAUAACAACAAAAAAAUUGUUUGGAUUAACCAGACAGUGUAUGGUAUAAGGAAGUGAAAUAUCAGUUACCAGAAUCCCUUCAUCGAUUUUUUUUUUCCUUGUUAAGCUUAUUUGCGGCCUAUAGGCAUUUAUCUUGGGAGGACAGUGCAGUGUUGAAUUUCACACCUAAAUUUAAUUGCAAUGAGUUUUUCAGCUUUUACCCAGUUUCAUUUGGAAGUGAGCUGAUUAUAUUUAAUUUUUAAACAAUUAUAGAAAUAACAAUAUUACAAAUAAGUAGUACUUAUUUGUAUUAAGACCUUGUUAUAUCUUAAGACCUUGUUAAACUUUUAAAAUUGGAUUUCUUUAGAUAAUGUGCUAUUUUGGACUAACCAGACUUGGUAUUGUUAACUGCAUCAGGCAAGCUCCUAGCAGGAAAGAAAUUUUAUCCUUGAUGGUACAAAAGAACAGAUUACCGAGGUUAGAAAACAAACAAGAAGUGGAGGGGGGUUCGUGGGGUGG